GCAUCAUUGUCUUCCAGUCACAGUUCACCGGUUGCUUUCCAACAAUUAACAGCUCCUCAAGCUCGAAGUGUGAGAGUGAGAAGUGCACUUCGUAUCUCAAGAUAAAAGCCCGUGACAGCAAGAGUCCUGCACUCAGUGUGGUGGUUGCCGAGAAACCGGAAGGUGUGAUAAAAUUAGAAUGAAGCAGUUUGUGGUGUUAUUCGCCGUGUUGGCUGUGGCAGCUGCCGCCCCCUCAGAAACCGAUGGAUUACUAUCCAGCGCGCUCAAGUUCGUCAAAGAAUGCGGCGACAAGUCGAUGGUGCUAUGCGUCAAGGAACGCGCUCUCCAAUACGUGGAUGGAGUCGAUGGUGAUAUUGAAAUCACCGAAGGCAUCAAACUGGUCGAGACCGAGAAACCAACCGCCCAUGGCCGUUCGCUGAACGACAUCGAUCUCCCAGUUGACCCAGAGGCCCGUGAAUCCGAAAUCGACAGCCUGUUGGUGGACCGCGCCGCCCGCUUCCUCGGCUCGCACACCCUCCAGUUCAAGGUCCCCAAGGACUCCAUCGAUGAUAUGCAGCGCUCUCUGGAUGAAGCCCGCGGCAAGAAGAAGAAGGUCAAGAAGCUGCUCCUGCCCCUGCUGUUGCUAUUCAAGCUGAAGGCUGCUGCCCUGCUCCCACUCGCCAUCGGAUUCCUCGCCCUGAUCGCCUUCAAGGCUCUGAUCGUCGGUAAGAUUGCCCUGAUCCUGUCCGCCAUUAUCGGCCUCAAGAAGCUGUUCGACAAGAAGUCCGAGCAGAGCUACGAGGUGGUCGCCCACCCGCACUACUCGCACUCGACCUCCUUCGACGAUCACCACGGAUACGCUCGUUCCCUGGACGCCCAGAAUCUGGCCUACGCCGCCCACACCCAGUGAAGCUUGCCAUAGCCGCAUAGCGAGAAUUAGUACUUCAACCCUCUCUAUACUUCUCACCCCCUCUUUCGCUCUAACGCGAUGAUCCUGAAGGUGAUCGUGUCUAGAAGCACCACACAAACACCCGCAGCCGAGAAGGAUGCAAUUCCGGAUCAUCUCCUCUUUUUUUCUUUUUUUCAUUGACCCACGCUCACGCUGUCUUAGAUUAAUUUAAUUUAUUUGCAUGACGAAGAGGAAGAACGCGUAUUUAAUAAUUUAUCAACGCCCGAGAAUAUUUAUUUAGAUUAUUUGUUUUUAAAGAGUAGUUUUUUUUCUCCUCUCUUUCUCAAACUGUUCUCGUCUAUUCUACUCCUACUGUCGCUGUGACUCCUCUCCUACAAUCUAAAAAAGUGUCAGUUUUAUUUUCUAAACAUUUCUCAAUACCAAAUAAUGCUCACAAUGAAAAAUCACGCGGAAUCGCGGAUUUUGAUGGCCUAGAAGAAGUACAGACGACGGCAGUCUUUGAGAACACACGCACUGUAAAAAAAAAACAAACCGCAUACAACCAGUUCAAAAUAAUCAUUAAACUGAGCUCUAGCUUUAUCCCCAUAACCCAUAGAGGUUGUGGACCAUCAAAAAAUAUGCCAAAAAGUAAGCAUCCUCCCCCCCCCCCCCCCACACGAGCAUUCAUAACCUCAGAAGCAAAACAAACAAAAAAAAACGAUACAGGACUGUACCGACGCUGACCGAUUGACUGCCUCCAUUCUCCAAGCGUGGAUUGGGGGAAAGCACGUAUCAGCGAACUCUGCAUGACGCGGUAACGGUGCCUUCCGAUUGGUCCUCUAUUGGGGUCAUUCGGAACCGCACCACCAGCCGACGACCAUUCAAAUUCCUGUACACGUGCCGAUCCAUUGCGGUCCCCAACCCUCAGGAGCACUGUGGUUCGAACGCAGUCACCACAUACGGACUGAUUAAGCGAAAUACUCUUUGAAAAGUAAAAGUUUAUAUUAAACUGUAGUAAAGUGACUUCUCUUACGUGAAAACAACAAACUCCAACCUCUGUUAUCUUAACUCUCUAAGGAAGCGCGUAAAACCGCUUCGAAACUUUGCCAAAAUACUUACACUCAAAAUAGGAUAAACUUUCUCUACCUCGGAUCACCUCGAGCGCUGUUGACUCACACAAAUACACGCACACACACACAUUCACACGUUAACCGACAUUAGUAUUUUCAACCUUUCAAUUUAAUUUUCGAAUAACUGAACUCUUCAUUCUAUCGAUUUUUAACACACGCAUUUCUCACUAAUUUCACACUAUUUUCACGCGAACUUGAAAGGAAAAAAAAUGUAUACAAAUUCUUAGAAAACAAAUAAGCACUGCGAGGAAACAAACAAAAAGCUCGAUGUAGCCUCUGUAGGAAUGAUCUGUUCUGUUAUUUAUUGUUUAAAUUAUUGAGGAAAACGAAAACAAACCAUAAACAUACAAUCAACUCACACGAAAAGAAUGAAAUAAAUAAAUAUGAAUAAUUAA